AUGGCGGCGCGGGGGUGGCGGGCGGCGGCGGCGACGGCGGCGAUCGCUGCGGCGGGGCCCGGCGGGGGCGGCCCGGGACGGGGUCCGGGAGCGGGUCCUGCCCGGGGACCGGCCCCAGAACCGGCCGCCCCCGCCACGGCCGCGCUCUACGUGCACUGGCCCUACUGCCGCAAGCGCUGCUCCUACUGCAACUUCAACAAGUACGUGGUGCCGGCGGUGGACGAGGCGGCCGUGCGCGCCUGCCUGGUGCGGGAGGCACGCACCCUGCUCCGCCUCAGCCAGGUGCAGAGCGUCACCUCCGUCUUCUUCGGCGGGGGCACCCCCAGCCUGGCCAGCCCCCACACCAUCGCGGCGGUGCUGGAGGCCGUGGCCGGGGCUGCCCACCUCCCCGCCAGCGCCGAGGUCACGCUGGAAGCCAACCCCAGCUCCGCCGCCACACCGCGCCUCGCCGGCUUCAGGGCGGCCGGCAUCAACCGCCUCUCCGUUGGCGUCCAGUCACUGGACGACGCUGAGCUGCGGCUGCUGGGCCGGGAGCACACGGCGGCGGAGGCGCGGGGGACCGUGGAGGUGGCACGGGGGCUCUUCCCCGGCCGAACCUCCAUCGACCUCCUCUUUGGGCUGCCGGGGCAGAGCUGGGGCGCCUGGGCCCGCGGGCUGGAGGCGGCGCUGGGGCUCUGCGACGACCACGUCUCCCUGUACCAGCUGACGCUGGAGCGGGGCACGGCCCUGGCGGCACAGGUCUGGGGGGGGGCCCUGCCCGCACCCCCCCCGGACCUCCUGGCUGACAUGUACCAGAGAGCCCGCGCCGUGCUGACGGCUGCCGGCUUCCAGCAGUACGAGGUCUCCAAUUUUGCGAGGAAGGGCGCCCUCAGCACCCACAACCUCUCAUACUGGCGGGCCGAGCAGUACGUCGGCGUGGGGCCAGGGGCGCACGGGCGGUUUGUGCCACGGGGCGAGGGUGGCCGCAGCCGGGAGGCCCGUGUCCAGACGCUAGAGCCUGACGCCUGGAUGCGGGAGGUGCAGAGCCGGGGCCACGGCACCAGGAGGCGGGUGGUGCUGAGCCCGCUGGAGCAGCUGGAGGAGGUGCUCGCCCUGGGACUGCGCACGGACGAGGGUGUCACCCACGAGCGCUGGGGGCACUUCUCCCCCCACCUCAGCCUGGAGGCCGUGUUCGGGGUGCCGGGGGAAGCGAAGGCACUGCAGCAGCAGGGCUGGCUGGUCCUGGAUGGCGGCGGCCUGCGGUGUACGUGGGAGGGCCUGGCCCUGCUGGACUCGCUGCUGCCCGACCUGCUGUGCCAGCUGCAGCGCCGCUGGGCCCUGCCAGCCGCCCCGGCACACCCCGGACGGGGAGCUGUGCCGGACUGUGGCGGCGGGGCCCCAAGGAGGAGCCGGACAGGGGACGGGGCCGGUGGCGAGGCCGUGGGGCACGCAGGGGUUGUAAGCAGUGGAGAAUAA